AUGAGGAAGCCAACUCCAUGUCAUUAUCCACCACUGGAUAAUGGGCUGUCAAAGCACGACCUGCAAAGUCAAGUGAAAGAUCUCAGACGUCGUGUCUCGACACUUGAACAAUUCCUCGGGCUGAUCAAGACCGUUCCCGAAGAGCAUGCUGCCACCAUGCUGGAGCAUGUUCGAGCGGGAACCGACGUAGACAGUCUGCUAAACAACUUCACAGAAGCAGACCUCCUGCUGCAGCUUUCUGUAGUACCCGAGACCAGAAGACGUUACGACUUCCCUUAUGCCAAACAGAUGCCUGCACAUCUGCUAUUUGAGGGAAACGAUUAUCUCCAUUCAUUCGUGUAUGAAGCUACUUUCUAUCAACACUCAUCAAGUCCUACCCCACGUAGGAUGGUGCCCAACGAUUCAUACCAGCAGUUUCCAAUCACAUUCCUUCAAGAUACAUAUGACAAACCGUUUCGUGCAGCGACAAUCGCCGAUCCGAUGCUCGAGAAGAUCGACAUUUCCAAGUGGACGAUAGUCACUUCAGACAAUCGAGCUCUCAGAAAGUAUCUGGGGAGUUACUUUCGAACCCCUUCAGUACUUUCCCCAGUUUUCCACAAAGACCUUUUCUUGGAGGACAUGAUGACUGGCGAGACUCGCUUUGCUUCUAAGCUUCUUGUAAAUGCUGUACUAGCUGCAGGUUGCCAGGGUUGCCUUGACCUAGAAGACCGAUGGAUGUUGUGGCAUCCAGAAAACAUUGCGUACAAAUUCAUGAGCGAGUGUAAACGUUUAUGGGAUCUAGAGCCACCCGAGAGAAGUCGAUUGACAACAGUUCAAGCCGCACUAAUAUUGAACAUUACGUACAAUCUUAAUGCUAAUGACUUUAUCGCAAUCCGAUAUCUGGACCAGGCUUGUGAUAUGGCCACGGCGCUCGGCCUGUUCGAACCAGCCCGUCACGAUAUCUCAUCCAAAUCCUAUCGCGCUCGUGCGAUCACCGCCUGGGCCGUCUGGUCGCGACAAGCUUUGACAUCUCUUACCUACUCGCGCCCAUUCAAGAUCGAGAAGCCUCCUCAGAUGUGCCUACCAGAUCCCUCAGAACACCAUGGGUUUUACGCCGAUGUGCGAGUACAGUAUCCGCUCUCAGAGCAGCUGGAAUCAUUGCACGUGGACUACAAGAUAUACUUCGAAGCCCAGUUGUACCUGAUUCUUGGCGAAAAAGCAGGUUCUCCGCCGGUGGAACAGUACUCCCUGGCGGAUGCAUUCCGUCUAAAGAAGAAACUGGAUUUUUGGUUCGCGAGAGUCACUACGCUAUUCGAACCGAAAAUUUUAGUAUUCCCUAUACACUUUGAUCUUCAUAUGCAGUAUUACUACUGGAUCAUGAGACUGUUCCUGCCAUUUUCCGAUCAGUCAUCAACGCCGGUAACCCCACUAGCCACUGCAAUAAACGAAACACCUCAAGAAAUCGUGCGCUACUCCCAAGCUAUGUUCGAGACGCUCCUUCGACUUUACUACCUCCGACACAGCUAUGACACCUACGAUGCUUGGAUCAUUCAUUUUCUUCUUUUACUCGGCACUAAUGCGCUCAAGUCUCUUUACAGUGCAACUCCCAUGACCCAACAAUCUGUCGACAUCUUACGCUCCUCCAUUCUUCUUGCGGCUGAGGGGCUCAGACAACAGGGCAAGAACGUUUACAUUGCCCAGGUAUGCGCGCUGGGGUUGCAGAAGAGCAUGAGACCGGACGAUCUACAAUGGGUGCAGACUCAUUUGAGUCUCAGGCCCGUGACUCACGAGGAACAAAGCAUAAUAGAUGAGAGUGCUAGGUGUUCGUACCCAGUUCCUAUUGUUUGUGCCGACGGGAAGCUGGAUACGCGAAAGCUAGGGGAAAUAGUAACAAAGUUCGAGGAGCCGUCUGUGGAAGAAAAGGAUCCAGUUGAUUAG